ACCUGAGCAUCCCUUCUCUGCUCUCUCUCUCUCUCUCUCUCUCUCUCUGGAAGCAAAGAAAGAAGAAUCCUAAGAUGGGAAAAGCAUAAAAUCAGCAACAAACAGAUCUUCCAUGAAAGAUACCUUAAAAAAGAUUGCGUUUUCAGUCCGUACACUUCAAAGGAGCGAAUACACACAAAAGCAUUGUUUUAGCUCACCCUACUCUCUCUCUCUCCUCUUUUCUAGAGAGGGAAAGUCCACGAGAGAGAGACGGGGAGAUGUUGGAAGUGAGAGAAGGGUCUUGUUGUUUUCCACGAGAGGUGCUUGGUGUGAAUGUGGGUCUUGCUUGUGUUGAUGGCAUUAUUGCGAUUCUUGCAUUCUCUCAGCUAAUAAGGAUUCAUACUAGGAAUUCACGACUUGGUUGGACUCGACAGAAAGUGUUUCAUCUAUUGAUUGGCUCGUCUAAUACAGGUUACUUCUUCUUUUUCCUCAUUACUAUAAUCGCUGUAUGUAAGAGAUGGCAAUGCUGGUCACAUUCUUGUGGCUUUAUCUUCAUGGCCUUACCGAAAAUUCUGUCUUUUGCGGCAUUUCUUCUACUUUUAUCCUUCUGGGUUGACCUUCGCCAUCAGGCAGAUGAUGAUGAGGAUUAUGAAGAGGAAGGCUUCAGUUUUCAUGAAGCUUUGCUGGAAAUGACAUUAGAUGAUCCAUCAGCUCAUGCAGACAGUCUACGAAUAUGUUUACCUUUCCGGUCAAUUCGUGUUGGAAGCCGUCAAAAAAUUGUGAUUUGGGUCACUGCUCUAGUAUUUGUUUUGAUGGUGGCGUUUGCUUUGCUAAUGUGGAUUGGGAUGGGAAGUGAUUUUAUCAAUUCAUUAUCAUUGGCCACAGUAUAUGUAGUUUUUUUUGCUAUAGCAUUGCUAUUAUUGGGAGGAGCAUUAGCAUGUUAUGGAAUUCUAAUAUGCUCAAAAUUGCGAAGGGUUAGAUCUGAGAGAGCUGCAUCAGAAAUGUGGAAGGUUGCAGGUAUGGCUGCUGUCUCUAUUAUAUGUUUCACUCCAAGUGCUUUUGUUGCUCUUUUUACUCACAUUCCAUUGCAAUUGCAGGUCCUUUAUCACUGCCAGAAACUUGACUAUAAUGGUCUUGAUACUUCUCUUUUACUGAUUUUAUAUUAUUUUAUAGGUUCCUCAGUACCCUCGGCAUUUAUGCUAUGGAUCAUGAGAGAAUUACCACAUGCUGUAGUGCCUAAUGUACAUGAAGAAUCAAGAACAAUUGCUUACAUCCCUGAUAGUUCAGCAGUAGUUCAUAAUCCUCAGCGUUGGACUACUUCAACAAGCUUGCAAAAUCAGGGUGGUCAUUCAGAUGACUGUAUAGGACAGAGAUAAGGGAUAGUGACUUCAGCUUUGUAAGUGCAGAUAUCAAGAGGCAGCCCUAUAUAAUUGCAUUCACCAUGACCCAGUGAAUUUUUUCUAGUCUGCCUGCUUAAUCUGAAGGAUGCUGGAAUUGCUAAACCAUUGUGACAAAGAAGACUUGGACUUGGAGUAGUCCUAAAGAAGCUGCCGCUCUGCAUCCAUGACGCAGAAAACAGAGUACAGCCGUAAGGUUGCUGUUGUGAUGUUAGAAAUUCAGGGCAUGUAUAUACCAACAGGUGCUAAAUAGGGAAUAUCUCCCCUUCAUUUCUUCUUUCACGAAAACUUCAUUGAUGCAUCUACCAACAUAGCAUGUUCAUACAUGAUUUUGAAUCUCUUGCUGAUAGGAAGCGACCAUGUGGUUUUUUUCCUUUUUGUGCCUUCUGUGAACUUAGUUGACAUCCAACUGCUCAUUUUUCUUUGAGCUGAAUUUUUGUGAUAUAGUAAUUUUCAAGUUAUUUCGAAGUUACGUGCUUCGAAACCUA